AUGAAUCCCGAAGGCAGCUCCAGCGCCUCGGCCGCUCCCACUCGUUUCCGCUGCAAGGUUGGCGGCGAGUGGAAGAACCUGUCCGACUUCUCCAACGCGCAGCAGAAGAACCUACGGUACCUCUCUUCCGGUCGGCACCUCGACCCGGCACACAGCGGCAUGACAUGCAAGCAGCAUUCGGCCGGCGCGCGCGCGGAGAUGCGUUGCGAGGUGUGCAUGCUGGUCAAGUCAAUUGACGACUUCAGCAAGAACUCCCGCCGCAACGGUGAAUCCCAAUGCCGACGCUGCGUGGCCUGGACGGAGAUCCAGGAGCCCGGCCUCACACCCGGACCACUCGAGACCGGACACAUCUCGCCCGAGGAGGAACAGCAGCAAACGCUUCGGCAACACUUCGUCAUGACUCAAGACUUUUUUCCAAUCGACGACGACGACGACCUCCCCAGAGCGCCAAUCAGUGACUUCUCGCAGCUCGGGCUCGACGACGCGUAUGAACAGGCCGCAGGCACUCCGUGCGUCACCGAGUUCCUGUCGCAACAAGUGUCCACCCUCACGGUGCCGCGGCAUUUGCGCGGCAAGGCCAAGGCUGUCAGUGAGGCGGCGUCAUCGACGGCGGGAUCCACGGCGGGCGACCUGUCGCUGCCUACGACGCUCCUUGACACCGACUCGGACGCUUCGUCAGUGGUGAACCAGUCCUUCAACGCCUGGGGCCCUGACGGCGAGAUGGAGCGCCGCCGCCAGCCCGCCUCGGUGGCCGACUCCUCUUCCGCUUCAUCUCUCACGGCGUUCUCGGGCGCUUCGACGGCGUCCGUAGUGAACGACGAUCCCAAUGUGAUCGGCGACUGGUCCCGCGCCCGGUCUUCCAAGACGGACGCAAUGCCGCGCCGCAAGGGCGGCUGGACCAAGACUGGUGAGGAUCGUUUAUCUGUCGCAGAGCUCAGGGAGAUGAAUGGGUGCAGUCAACAGACGUAUGCUCGGCGGGAGAUAGAUACACAGCGUGUCAUACGCCCGCUUGGUUACGACGACGACGAUUCGGACUAG